CUCUAAGCCAAUAUUCCCACCCCAACAGACUCCACUCAACUGACAUGGGAGAACGUAUCGCCUCGGGGAGGGGGACGGGGCUCUAAAUGGAUCCCAGGGGGGAGCUCCACGGCUUCCCACGGCUCCUUUCUCUGACGCUACUAACAACCUCGGGAGCUUUAACCGCGGGAGCUUCGCGUUCACCGAUUUAGCUUCGUCGAUUUUCUUUACCUAAACUUAACAACUAUUUUGGUUUCAAGCGGCUUGAGCUUGAAUAUACAUACAUAUUUAAUUGCUGUCUACAACGUGCAUGUAAAUAUAAAUCUAACCGUCUUUGUUUCUGCUUAUCUAGGUGUUCCCGGGGUUCCCGUAGUGUCGUCGUCGUCGUCGUCGUCGUCGUCAUCAUGGUGGUUAUCAAGUCCUUUCACCCGCCGUUACAGAUCCCGGAGGUCGACCUAUGGCAGCUCGUAUUCGAGAGGAAGGAUAGGGCGUUCCCGGAAGACAAGGAAAUAUACAUCGACCCCGACACAAGACGCUCGUAUACAUGGGCGCAAGCCCGCAGCACGGCUCUCGAGUUCGGCAAAGGACUCAAGUCGCAAUGGGGGUUCAAGAAGGGCGACGUGUUGGGAUUUUUCUCGCCGAAUAGCAUAGACUACCCGGCCGUGUUCUUCGGCGUGCACUGGGCCGGCGGCGCUUGCUCGACUGCUAAUCCGACGUACACGGCGAAGGAGCUCGCGUACCAGAUGAAAGACUCGGGGGUCGCGGGCAUCGUGACGCAGGUCCCUAUGCUGCCGACUGUGCUCGAGGCCGCCAAGACCAUCGGGUUAUCCGAGGACCGCAUCAUCCUGCUCGGCGACGCGAGGGACCCGACGGGCAAGUUCAAGCACUUCACCGAGAUACGCGGGAGCUCGGGACUGCUGGGAUUAUCGCUGCGCCCCCGCAUCGAUCCUAAGAAGGACACCGCGUUCCUCGUGUACAGCUCCGGGACCACGGGGUUGCCGAAGGGGGUCAUGCUCACGCACUACAACAUCGCUUCCAACCUUGUGCAGCUGGGACAUUGCGAUGUCUUCAACGGGAUUUACCACUCAGGGGGGAUCGACGGGAAGGGCGAUAAGCAGAUCGCGGUGCUGCCUUUCUUCCACGUAUAUGGCCUCACGUGCAUAGCCCUCCAGAGCAUAUUCACGGGCCUGCAAGUCGUCGUCCUGCCCAAAUUCGACCUCGACAAAUUCUGCCAAGCAAUCCAAGACUUCGGCGUAACCUUCGCCGCCAUCCCGCCCCCCGUCGUCCUCGCCCUAGCCAAGCACCCCUCCGUCUCGAAAUACGACCUCUCCAGCAUAAAAUGGGUGAACUCGGGCGCGGCCCCUCUCGGCCGCGCGCUAGUCGAGCAGGUAUGGGCGCGCCUCAGCAUCCCCGUCAUGCAGGGCUACGGGCUGUCCGAGACGGCGCCCGCGGUCACCAAGGGCCACAUCGCCGACUGGAAGCGGUUCAACGGGUCCUGCGGGAAACUGCUGCCCAACGUCGAGGCCAAGAUCGUCGACGUGGAGACGCGCGUCGAAAGGGGCCCCGGCGACGGCGACGGCGAGCUCUGGUUCCGCGGCCCGAAUGUCUUUCCCGGGUACUGGAAUCGGCCGGAGCUGCAGAAGGAUACGUUUAGCGAGGACGGCUUCUUCAAGACGGGGGAUAUUGGGUACGUCGAUAAGAAGGGGAAUUUUUAUAUUACGGAUCGGUUGAAGGAGUUGAUCAAGUAUAAGGGUUUCCAAGUCGCCCCCGCGGAGCUCGAGUCCGUGCUCCUCGGCCACGACGAAGUUGCCGACGCGUGCGUCGUGCCGGCGCACGACAAGGUGCGCGAGACCGAGGUCCCGCGCGCGUAUGUCGUUCUCCGUCCUAACGUCCCGCGCGACGAGGCCAAGGCCGCGGAGCUUAUCGUUUGGGUCGAGGGGCGCGUCGCGCAGCACAAGAGGCUGCGCGGCGGCGUGCGGUUCGUCGACGAGGUGCCCAAGAAUGCUAGCGGUAAGCUGCUGCGGCGGGUGUUGAAGGAGGAGGCUAGGAGGGAGGAUCAGAGGGCUGAAGGGCCCAAGUUAUGAUAGGGGGGAGGAAGCUACUAUAAUGGUAUAUACGGUGACGAUACAUAAUUAUUAGUAGAAUAGAAAUAGAAGGUAGAAAGAUGUCAAGACAAGAGCAGCAUGUAAAGCUAGGCGUGGAA